AUGAAAAAUGAGACAAUAAUUCAAGCUCCAAAUCCACAAAUCUUAGCAUGCUCAUCUUAUAUUGAUGUUGAAAUUGUUUUAUGGCAACAAUCUAAGGAAGUAGAAAAGGGCCUUGUAAUUUUUAUUGGUAAACUUACAGCAGAUUCAUGGAGAAGUUCUAGAAUAUUAAAAAUAGCAUAUGAAAAUGAAUUUACAGUAGUCGCUAUUAGUCCUCCUGGAAUAGGAAAGACAACACAACUUACUCUAGAUAUUAUUGAAAAUUCGAAUGUAUCUUCCUCAUCUUUUCUUAAUUGGAUAAUUGUUACUUGCCUUCAAAAAAAAACAACUGAAACUGUAAUAGUUUCGCAAAGUAAUUCUAUUACUCAAUUAUAUACAAUACCAUUAAUAAUGACGUAUCCAGUUGCUGGGAUUAUUUUCUUCAAUACUAAUAUGGGUAUUAAAUGGUUCACAGCUCUCAAUCCAGUAAUAAGUGAUCAUUACUAUUAUCAACCUGUAAAUUUUGACAAUACCAUUGUUAGAUACAUUGGAGAUAAAACACCUCCUGUUAUCAGUACUUCAAAUUCAACCCAAAAUGAAGCAUCAAACUCAUCUAAAUUGGAUAAUUCUAAAACAAUAAGAUCAUUGGUCACUUCUAACUAUAAGUCUAGUAAUAAUAUAAAUAGAUUAAAUUCUAACUCUCAUCGUGCACUACAAACUAUUCAAUCCAAUGAAGUUAAUUAUGUUAAAGGAAUGUCUAAUGUAACAAAAGCUAUUUUUAGUUGUGUUGCACCAGGUGUAUCAUACAAAUUUAAUGUAGAUUGGUAUCUUACAGAACAAGAUAAAUUAGGACCUUUUGGAUGGUUUGAUGGGAAAUAUACAAUACCGGGUUGGCAGAUGGUACAGACAGUUUAUGAAGCAACAGAUUUUGAUGUAUUUGAAGGUACUAGAGUCAAAAAUGGCUCUUAUGUGUUAAAUAUAUCUUACUUUAAACCCCUUGCUAUUGCACUAAGUCAGACAUUACCUAUCAUCGCACAAAUUAUUGCAUUCCCAUCUAACACUUCGAAUUCCCAAACCUUACAAAGUAAUUCUACAAAUUUCUCUAAUUUUACAGGCUCUGAUAACAUCGCUCCUACCACAUUUAAUGACAUAAGACAAAAGGAAUACAUGCGCUACAGGACGAAAUUUGAACUAAUUCCCGCUCAAAAUGUAUAUUGUACCACGUAG